UUUGUGGCAGAUGUUGGUGUGACUUUGGUUUAGUUUACUAUUGUGAAAAUUAUUUGAUUUUGGCGAAUAAAUAUAGGGAAAGAAAGGGUUUUAUAAAAAUUCUAUUUGUUCAGUUCGAAGUUAACUACUUUGCCGGACAAAGACACGAAAUGGAGGGAUUAUUGAAAAUAAUUGAGACGAGUGACGAAUAUUGCAAUGAAUUAAAGGAGCUUAAAGAGAAAUUUAUUAAAGAUUUGCGCGAUCAGCUUAGUGGUCAAAAAACUGCAAUUCUUGAGCCAAUUACAUUGGGUCAGUUGCCUAACGCCACCCCUCAACAAAAAAAGAAACGAAUUAAACGCUUGUCAGAUCUGACGGAAAGCGAUAAUGAGGCUGUUCCUGAAAAAAUUUCUCCUCGUCUGUCAGCGCGUACGAGUAAUUCUAAACUUCUUGCCACAGCCGAUACCAUGGAAGCUGAGCAAAUUGAUAUUGAUCACGUCCCACCAACUCCCGUUUUAAAUCCAACACCUGCACCAAGGAGUGCAAAGGUUGAAAACAAAGAACAAUUAGAGGAAAAAUUGAUGCCACCUCCUCCAGCGCCUAUUACUGCGCACAGUGAUUUAACACAAGUCGCUGGUAAUAUUGAAACGUCAUUUUCAAGACCACAACGCGCAGCAAAAUUGAAAUCGGAAAAGAACCUUAAAGAACCAAAACUUAAUAGUAAAAUGCGUCGUCCCAGUAGAAAUAACACUACUAAGGUGAAGUUGGAGCAUGAACAACGACCCUCACAAAUGCACGAAGUUGAUGAUAACGCAAUUCAGAGCGACAGUGAUGCUUCUAAAUCUAUUGCUAGCGUCACAUCUGAAAAUUCAGUAAUAGCCAUUCCAACAAAAGCUCCAUCUGUGGUGGAGCUGAAUUCAGACGAUGAAGCCACAGAUAAAAAUUCUCAACGCAAUUCUACAGAGGACGGUAAGACUCGUGGCCUACGCAUCAAAAUUAAACGUGAAAAGAGUAGUAUUGAAGUUGCUAAUGACAAAGCAAACAUCGAGCUUUCGGCACCUUCUACAGCACUGGAAUCGUCAGUUAGUGCGCAACAAACUGUUCCAUUACCAAAGAUUCCUAUAAAGUCUGAACCUGGUAGCGACGAUUCGACACUGGCAUCCACCACACUUUCAGUUAAUACUACCACCGCUAAUACUAAACGUCGCAAGAAAAAGGAUGCUGUGCCCAAACCAAUAAAAGUUGAAAGAUUUAGCGAUAUUGACGCAACACAAACUACCCGUAAAACCCGUAAACAAACCCGUGCGUCAGGUGGAUCUGUUUAUGAAGAUGCAGUGGACCACCCAAUUUCAAAUGAAGCUGUUAGCACACCGCCCACGCGAGUUUCACUAGUACCGCCAGAAGUUGCUGCCGCUGCAGGAAUGAAUGAGACUAGAAAUAAUUCUGCACAACCCGAAAAGACUGGUAAUUUGACAGUAGUAACAGGUGCUGUCAUAAAUGACGCUACAUUUUGUGCAAAUGCAGCACAAACCACGUUCCAGGUGGAUGCUGCACAGGCCACCUUUGUUAUGGAUGGUCAAAAUGCCAAUAUGACUGUUACAAUAAACAAAAAGUCAGGCGGAGCGGUCACUUCGGUGGGCGACACAACAUAUAAUGUGCCCGUCAAUGACAAAGCAAACAAUUCGACUGUCUCGUCCCGUCACUCGAUGGAGACUGCAAAAGACACAACACAUCCCCAACAAGAUAGCCUAAUAACCGAGGAUGAGUCAUUUGAACCGGAAAAGCCAAAGGCUAAAUUAGCAACUCUGCCAAAACCCGGUCCAGCUUCUACAAAAUUAGGGUCAGCUAAGAUUUUCAAAAUGCCUACCCGUACAAAUGAACUAUUCAACCCCCUUGUGCAAAGUCCGGUGAAGAAAAAGGUUGAAGCUUUCGAAAAUGCUGCAAUAGCUGCACAUACUACAGAGGUAACCAGUUCCGGUCGUCCGAAACGAACUAAGGAAAACGCAGCACCGUCAAGUAUAAACACGCCAACUUUUGGAAAGCUUGCAUCCGCGCCUACACUAGGGCGAUUCCUCACUCCAACACAAUCUUCUAAUCUCACAGGGUCGUUAGCAAAAGUAAAGAAAGUGCCAAAUAGUGCGUCAAAAGUUAUGCCGCAUCCGAAAGGUAUUGCUGGUGUUAAAGCCACUGCCAGUACAACUACUACAAAAACUUUAUCACGCGAAAAUAGUGCCGAAGAUUUUCGCAAGGGUUUGCAUAGCUUAGCCGAGGAGCGCAAGAAGCAACGAGAACAGAAGCAUCUUAUCGCCGCACAACAGCGAGAAGCUAAAGAACGGGAACGUGCUGAACGCGCAGCCAAAUUAGUGAAGGAGCGCGAGGAAAAGCGACUGAAAAAACAACAAGAGGCUGAACAGAAGAAGCAAGCGCUCGAGGAGAUCCAGCGUAACUUGCGACAGCAAGAAGACGCCGCUAAAUUGAAGGCAGCCAAAGCAAAGGCCGAACAAGAACGUGAGUUGUUGCAACAAAUGAAGCAGCAACAGAAUGCUCGCGCUGCUGCAGCGAAAAUGUUGCCACCACCCCCGAAACAUCAAUCGAAGUACACAUUCGAAAUGUUGCAUGAAGAUGAUUCAACAGAUGAAGAGGAAAAGACUUCGUAUAAGCGACCACCGCCACCAACUUGGAGCCGAAGUCACGUACGUGGCUCGGCAAUUCGUAUGCAGCAAUACUGGCCCACGAAAAUAAUUGACAGCUUCUUUUCGGUGCAACCGAUGUCACCGGACUUGCGUUCGAUCUUCCCCAAUAUUAGCUCGCAUCAUUUGAAACGCAAUUCAAGCGUCUUAUGGACAACCCCACCGCGUUAUUCAGAGCUGCCAAAAUAUUAAACGUUUGCUCUGUAUUCAUAAAUAAUCGUUUCUCUUUGUAUAUGACAUAUAAAAUAGAGAUUAGUCUGUUAAUUAAUUUGAAAUGGAAUUUUAGUUGUAUUUAGUACAAGUAGCUGCUUGCUCGAAUUAUUAAUCCUUUUAUUGUUUGUAAUUUGUUGGUAAAAUCUCUUGCACUAUCCUAUUCAUACAUACACAUAUGAGGAGUGCUUUUCAUGUAUACAUAAGGAAUUUUGUAAGCAUUUUAACGUGUUUGAUUAUCAUGACACAUUUUGCACUUUUUUUACAAAUAAAAUAUAACGAAAAACAAAUAA